AUGUCAACAAAUUCAAUCAAGUUACUAGCUAGUGAUGUCCACCGUGGCCUUGCGGAAUUAGUGUCCAAAAGAUUGGGACUUCAAAUCACUCCCAGUGAAUUGAAACGAGAAUCUACUGGAGAGGUUCAAUUCUCUAUUGGAGAGUCAGUGAGAGAUGAGGACAUAUUUAUUAUCUGCCAAAUUGGGUCAGGGGUAGUCAAUGAUCGUGUCAUAGAGUUGAUGAUUAUGAUUAAUGCCUGUAAAACAGCAAGUGCAAGGAGAAUAACGGUGAUUCUUCCCAACUUCCCCUAUGCCAGACAGGACAGGAAAGACAAAUCUCGAGCACCAAUCACUGCUAAAUUAAUGGCAGACAUGCUCACAACUGCAGGAUGCGACCAUGUCAUUACAAUGGAUUUACAUGCGUCGCAGAUUCAAGGCUUUUUCGAUGUUCCCGUCGACAAUUUGUAUGCUGAGCCUAGUGUAGUGAGAUACAUUAAGGAGACAAUCGAUUACAAAGAUGCAAUCAUAAUAUCUCCCGAUGCCGGUGGUGCUAAAAGAGCUGCAGGUUUAGCGGACAGACUUGAUUUGAAUUUUGCCUUAAUUCACAAGGAGAGGGCGAGGGCAAAUGAGGUGUCAAGGAUGGUUUUAGUGGGAGAUGUGACUAACAAAAUCUGUGUAAUUGUCGAUGAUAUGGCAGACACGUGUGGCACCUUGGCCAAGGCAGCGGAAGUUUUGCUAGAUAACAACGCCCAAGAAGUGAUUGCUAUUGUGACACACGGAAUCUUGUCAGGAAAUGCCAUAAAAAAUAUAAACAACUCCAAAUUGAAAAAAGUUGUUUGUACCAACACCGUACCGUUCGAAGAGAAAUUGAAGUUGUCUAAUAAGUUGGACACCAUUGAUGUCUCUGCAGUGAUUGCAGAAGCUAUCAGAAGAUUACACAACGGUGAAAGCAUCUCUUAUUUAUUCAAGAAUGCUCCAUUGUGA